AUGACCAAAAUUCUCCUCCUCCUGCUGCUCCUGUCAUUGCCGCCGCCGGCAGCCCUGGCGCUGAUCGCCGAGGGCCUGGCGCUGCUGGCGUUCAAGGCGGCGGCGACCGAGGACCCGUACUCGGCGCUGUCGCGGUGGUCCGAGUCGGACCCGGACCCGUGCGGGUGGCCGGGCGUCAGGUGCGCCAACGCCUCCUCGUCGUCCUCCUCGGCGCCGCGCGUCGUCGUCAGCCUGGCCGUGGCGGGCAAGAACAUCUCCGGGUACAUCCCGUCCGAGCUGGGGUCGCUGCUCUUCCUCCGCCGCCUCAACCUCCACGGCAACCGGCUGUCGGGCGGCAUCCCCGCCGCGCUCUCCAACGCCUCGUCGCUCCACUCGCUCUACCUCUACGGGAACCGCCUCACGGGCGGCCUCCCCGCCGCCGCGCUCUGCGACCUGCCGCGCCUCCAGAACCUGGACGUCUCCGGGAACGCGCUCUCGGGCGAGCUGCCGCUGGACCUCCGCGGCUGCCGCAGCCUGCAGCGGCUCGUGCUCGCCCGGAACGCCUUCACGGGGGAGCUCCCGGCGGGGGUGUGGCCCGAGAUGCCCAGCCUGCAGCAGCUCGACCUCUCCUCCAACGCCUUCAACGGCUCGCUCCCGCCCGACCUCGGCGAGCUGCCCCGGCUCGCCGGCACGCUCAACCUCUCCCACAACCGCUUCUCGGGCGUCGUGCCGCCCGAACUGGGCCGCCUCCCGGCCACCGUCACGCUGGACCUCCGCUUCAAUAACCUCUCUGGGGCCAUCCCGCAGACGGGCUCCCUCGCCAGCCAGGGCCCCACGGCGUUCCUCAACAACCCCGGCCUCUGCGGCUACCCGCUCCAGGUGCCCUGCCGCGCCGUCCCGCCGCCCACGCAGUCGCCGACGCCGCCGGCGGCCACGACGACCCCGCUGCCCUCCUCCACCGCGUCCUCCGACCGGCACCAGCAGCCCAUCAGUUCGGGCCUGAUAGCGCUCAUCUCCGUCGCGGACGCCGCCGGGGUGGCCCUCGUCGGCAUCAUCCUCGUGUACGUGUACUGGAAGGUCAAGGACCGGAAAGACAACCACCGCGGGCACCGCCGCGACGACGACGGCGACUACAGCAGCAAGAGCGGGCUCUGCCGCUGCAUGCUGUGGCGGCACGGCGGCAGCGACGACAGCUCCGACGCGUCCUCGGGCGACGACGACGGCGAAGCAGGAAAGUACAGCAGCGGCGUCGGCGGCGAGGGGGAGCUGGUGGCGAUCGACCGCGGGUUCCGCGUGGAGCUGGACGAGCUGCUGCGGUCCUCGGCCUACGUGCUGGGCAAGGGCGGCAAGGGGAUCGUGUACAAGGUGGUGGUGGCGAACGGGACGACGCCCGUGGCCGUGCGGCGGCUGGGCGGCGGCGGCGGGGGCGCGGACCGGUGCAAGGAGUUCGCUGCGGAGGCGCGCGCCGUGGGGCGGGCGCGCCACCCCAACGUCGUGCGCCUGCGCGCCUACUACUGGUCCGCCGACGAGAAGCUCGUCGUCACCGACUUCGUGGGCAACGGCAACCUCGCCACCGCGCUGCGUGGUCGGCCUGGUCAAACCGCCUUGUCGUGGUCAGCGCGGCUGAAGAUCGCAAGGGGCGCGGCGCGCGGGCUGGCGUAUCUCCACGAGUGCAGCCCGCGGCGGUUCGUCCACGGCGAGGUGAAGCCAUCCAACAUCCUCCUCGACGCCGACUUCACCCCGCGCGUCGCCGACUUCGGCCUCGCGCGCCUGCUCGCCGUCGCCGGCUGCGCCCCCGACGGGCAGCCCUCCUCGGGUGGCGCCGGCGGGCUCCUCGGCGGCGCCAUCCCGUACGUCAAGCCACCGGCGGCGCCGGGCACGGGUCCGGACCGUUUUGCCGGCAGCGGGUACCGCGCGCCGGAAGCGCGGGCGGCGUCCGGUGCGAAGCCGACGCAGAAGUGGGACGUGUUCUCGUUCGGGGUGGUGCUGCUGGAGCUGCUGACGGGGCGAGGCCCGGCCGCCGACCACGCGUCGCCGUCGACGUCGGCGUCGUUCUCGGCGCCUGUGUCCGGGUCGACGGCGACGGACAGGUCCGGGAGUGGGGAGCACGGCGGCGGCGGCGGCGCGGUGCCGGAGGUGGUGCGGUGGGUGCGCCGCGGCUUCGAGGAGGACGCGCGGCCAGUGGCGGAGAUGGUGGACCCGGCGCUCCUGCGGGGCCCCGCGCUGCCCAAGAAGGAGGUGGUGGCGGCGUUCCACGUCGCGCUCGCGUGCACGGAGGCCGACCCGGAGCUCCGGCCACGGAUGAAGGCCGUCGCCGACAGCCUCGACAAGAUCGGAUCAUGA